UGCCCCAUCCUACCCUGAUGCUUUGGGGAAUGAGCACCUGCGGCAGGAAGGCACUGACCCUGCUCAGCAGUGUGUUUGCCGUGAGUGGACUGGGGCUUCUGGGGAUUGCGGUGAGCACUGACUACUGGUUGUACCUGGAGGAAGGGAUCAUCCUGCCCCAAAACCAAAGUACUGAAAUCAAGAUGUCUCUGCAUUCUGGCCUCUGGAGGGUUUGCUUUUUGGCAGGUGAAGAACAUGGGAGGUGUUUCACAAUAGAGUAUGUCAUGCCUAUGAAUGUCCAGCUGACCUCUGAAUCAACUAUCAGUGUUUUAAAAAUGAUUCGUUCUGCCACACCAUUCCCACUGGUCAGUCUCUUUUUCAUGUUUAUUGGAUUCAUCUUGAGCAACAUCGGGCAUCUCCGGCCACACAGAACCAUCUUGGCCUUCGUGUCUGGAAUCUUCUUUAUUUUGUCUGGUUUAUCUCUGGUGGUGGGGCUUGUACUGUACAUCUCCAGCAUCAAUGAUGAAAUGCUCAAUAGAACCAAGGAUUCAGAGACAUACUUCACUUACAAAUAUGGCUGGUCGUUUGCUUUUUCUGCCAUUUCUUUCCUCCUAACUGAGAGUGCAGGUGUCAUGUCCGUUUACCUGUUCAUGAAAAGAUACACAGCUGAAGAGAUGUACAGGCCACACUCUGGCUUCUACCGGCCCCGUCUUAGCAACUGCUCCGAUUACUCAGGCCAGUUCCUUCACCCAGAGGCCUGGGUCCGGGGGCGCAGUCCUUCUGACAUCUCCAGCGACGCCUCUCUCCAGAUGAACAGUAAUUACCCAGCUCUGCUGAAAUGUCCCGAUUAUGACCAGCUGUCCUCCUCUCCGUGCUGAAGGACAAACACUCCUCUUGCUUUUUAGGAAUGAAAUGACAGUGGCGGCCUGGAUCCGUACUUUUCUUUUUGCAGUGAAUGAUGUUAUUGUUACUUGGAGAUGGAGAAGGUUCCCCUGCCCCAUCCAGCAAUGUGCGUAGUAGUAGCCAAUAAACUCUAGUGGAGGCUUUGAUCCUGCAGCUGGUCCUUAUGCCCAGAUCCCUUGGAGCCAGAGAUCCACAGUAGCUAGAGCAGAGAAACCCUGCCUACUCCGAAAAGCAAUCCUACCCUGUGAAAGCUGGAUGUUGGAAAGAUUGUUAAUUGGGGGAGGAGAGCAUCCCAUCAUAUGUAAUGAAGGCUCUGGCUUAGCAGACUUUUAGUGGGAAACGUAUUAGCAACAUAAGGAGCAGAUGUAACUUCCUGGUGAGUUUAGAAAUUCACAUCAUUCCUUAGCUUUUUUGGUAAAAUUGGCAGCUAGUUACAGGUAAUUCAUGCCAAGUCUAAGCUAAAUAUGUAUUUAGUUGAAAGUACCUCCUCUUUGCAUAUCAUUAUCCAGUAAGAUUGGAGUCUUCACUGGGAAACAGACAAUUCACUCUCAUCAAGAAUCACAUUCUAAUUUGGCAGCUUCUCAACUAGAUCAAAUCUUUUGUUACUAGAAGUGCAAUA